AUGAAAAAAUUAUAAUGUCGAUAUUUUAUAUUUUCAAAUAUUUUAAUUUGCUGAAAAUAAUUAAAAUGAGACGCAUUAUUACUUGAUUUUAAAAUCACAUGCAAAAUGAUCAAGUUGGGUCGCAAAAACCAAUUCAACCAGAAAUCAAAACAAACAUAUAUCUUAUUUUACCUUAAUAGGUCCAAGCUCACUGCCCUUACAAAUAUAGUUUAUUGUUUUGACCGAUAAAAUCAUGUUUAUUAUUGGAAAAGUCACAAAAUUAAUAGAAAAUUCUGUAAUUAAUUGGAAAAAUCAGGGGCAUAAUCAUAAGAAGAAUUGUGAUUUAAUAUUAUAUAUCUGUAUUAUUUUCUUGACUGUGAGAAUAUCGACGUAGACUGACGAUGGUGUUUCUCUCGAUCCCCAAUGGAACGACUCUGUCGAUCGACGUAAACCCUAACACAACCACCAUCUCCGCCUUCGAACAACUUGUUCACCGACGUACCAACGUUCCUCAGCCUCUCCUUCGCUACUCGAUCCGUGCGCAAAACCCUAGCCGUGUGUUCCACGACUCCCUCCUUUUAUCCGAUCUUGGUGUCUGUCGUUUCUCUACUGUGAUUAUCCACGUCCCUCUUUUGGGUGGGGACGAGGGAGCGCUUCCGCCGCGGUUCCCCGAGGAACCAGUUAUUUGGAUCACCGUUGCUAGGCUCGAGGAAGCUGAUGGGCACACGGCUAUGGUGUGGAACACUAUUGAGAUGUGUGUAGAGACUCUUCAGAGAGGUGGUGUUGUUAUUGACAGAGAAUGUUGGAUCAAUGCGGCUAGGGUUUGUGAGAGAGGUAGGUAUGUCGUAACGUGCAAGGCAAUCAUCAAGAACUUUAUCGGUAUUGGAGUUGAUGAGGAGGAUAGAAAGAGAACUUGGCUUGCUGAUGCGGAGAUGAGCAAGAAGAGAGGUUUCAUUGAGACGGCAAGAGCGAUAUAUGAACAUUCUCUUACUGUCUUCUUGAACAAGAAAAGUAUAUGGCUUAAAGCUGCUCUUCUUGAGAAGAGCCAUGGGAGUAGGGCAUCUCUUGAUGCCUUUUUGCGCAAGGCAGUGACAAAUGUCCCUCAGGCUGAGAUUCUCUGGCUCAUGGGUGCUAAAGAGAAGUUGCUUGCUGGAGAGGUUACAGCCGGCCGCGCUAUUCUCCAAGAGGCUUGUGGUGUGAUUCCAAACUCUGCGGAAAUCUGGCUUGCUGCUUUCAAGCUGGAGUAUGAGAACAAGGAGAUGGAACGGGCGAGGAUGCUUCUUGCAAAAGCAAGGGAAAGAGUAGAGAGUGAGAGGGUCUGGAUGAAAUCAGCCAUUGUUGAGAGAGAGCUUGGCAACGUAGAGGAGGAGAGGAGAUUGAUUGAUGAAGGGUUGAAGCAGUUCCCAACAUUCUUCAAGCUUUGGUUGAUGCUUGUGCAGCUAGAGGAACGGUUUAAUAAUCUGGAACAGGCCAAGAAAGCUUGUGAAUCUGGUUUGAAGCACUGUCCUAACUGCAUACCACUGUGGAUCUCAUACGCCAAUCUUGAAGAGAGAGUGAAUGAGCUGAACAAAGCUCGUGAGAUUCUCAUCACGGCAAGGAAGAAGAAUCCUUAUGUGGCAGACCUAUGGUUAGCUGCUGUUCGAGUUGAACUGAGGCAUGACAACAGGGGAGAAGCAGAGAACUUGUUGUCAAAGGCUCUUCAAGAGUGUCCCAAGAGUGGUAUCCUCUUGGCUGCGGACAUUGAGAUGGCGACACGUUCUCAACGUAAAACAAAGAGUAUGGAUGCUAUGAAGAAGUGUUUUCGUGACCCGCAUGUCACUGCAGCUGUCGCCAAGCUCUUCUGGCAAGAAAAGAAGGUGGAGAAAGCUAGAGGGUGGUUAAAACGGGCUGUGACCUUGAACCAAGACAUUGGCGAUCACUGGGCCUUGUAUUACAAAUUUGAACUUCAACAUGGAACUGAAGUGAGGCAGAAGGCGAUCCUUGCCAAAUGUUUAGCUCGUGAGCCGAAGCGUGGUGAGAAGAGGCAAGCUAUCUCUAAAGCAGUGGAGAAUGCACACCAGCCUACCGAGGUGAUCUUGAAUAAAGUCUUCAUUGCAUUGAGCAAGGAAGAGAAAGCUACUUGAAAGUAACAACUAACAAGUUCCUUUGUGUUUUCCAUGAUCAUACUAUUCUCAUAGCACAUUUUUUAGCUCUUGUUUUCUCUUUGCAGGCUCAACUUUUAGCUGUUCAUGUUUUUCUUCAGUAGCAAGAACCCUUCAGUAGUCUUCUUUGUGGGUUUCUGUGUGUUUUUAUUCAGCUAUUAAACUAUUAUUGUUCGUGUAUUGCUGAUGUUUCUUUCAUGCCUUAGACUUCCUUCUGAAGGAGCUUUGUCUUCCUGAUGUCUAAUAUUGGCGUGUAUGUACAACAGUACAUGUCAUGGACUCCACUCCAAAGUUUCUUUAGACAGUGUAAGCAACUAAUAACCCCUCAUAGAGUUUCUGGACUUGUUUGUUAACGCUAUUGAUAACACUGAUUGUGAUAUCAGGUAAAUAUAUUAAACCUCUUGCAUGUUUAAAUCAACCAACCAGUUUCUUGCUAACCUCCAACAAUUUCUUUGGCUUAUGUACACACUUGUUUUUUCGGAGAGAUGGUUCUCACAAAAAUGAAGACGAGCUCUUAUACCGGCUGCAGUAGAGCCUAACUUUAAGAGUCGCUCAUAACCAUGACUGGUCUUGAGAUUUUAGAGGCAAUAGACAAUUUUAUUAAAAAAAUAAUUAAAUAAUUUUAAACAAUUUUGAGACCUAUUUAUAUGUAAAUUAUUUUUUUUAAUCUAUGACCAUGACGUCUCUGAAACUGCAGAUCAACUUUCCCUGUCUUCGUUGAAAUCGCAGCCAUCUAUUUAUGAAUAAGGUACAUGUCCAAUUGGGCGAGGUCUCUGAGGUCACCAUGGCAUUGGUCUUCCUAAGAGUUGUAGUAAUGCAUGAACAUGUUCACAGUCGAUUGUUGUGAGAUUAAGAUGAUUAAAAGCAUUCAUAAUUACCUUUAGGACAUUAUGUCUGCCAAAAUCAGGAUCAAAUCCAUCAGAAGACAGCUGACUUUGUGGCGGUUGAGGACUUGCAGAUUUAUAGAACCACAGGGACCGGAAUCUACUAAUAAUUAGGGGCACAACUCAAAGAAAAUCCGCUAGGCCACGUGGUACGAAAACUGGACCAAACUAGGCUGUAUUGAGCCCAUCACAAGUCUCAACGUAUCUAAACCAAACCUGAAAAUGAACUUUACUGAAACAUGUUGCAGACCCAUUGCCGGAUUUAAGCUUUUACGGGUCAUUGAUAUUUAGUAAGAAUUUUUAUAAAAUAUAUUUUCUUAAAAAAAUUAGGAGCUUAUAAUUAUGUAAAUUACUUCUUAUCAAUUUAGGAAUCAAGCCUAAUAUUUCAUUAACCUGCCCCAUAAUCAGUCAUGGAUAUACAUUUUAAAAAUUCCUAUUUUAUUCUUAAAAUUAACAGAAUGUCUUAACCUCUGUCAAUGAUGAUGAUAAAAUUUAAAUUGAAUAUAUCAAUACACUCACUGAUCCAGUUGAUACAUAUUAAAAGAAUUGGGACGGACCAAAUGUACUGAAUCAGAUUUUAGAUACAUAGAUAAUGUCUUUUAUAAGAUUUUAUAGCUUAAUAGAUUGGUUCUAGUCUUCUAGAUAAGAGUUUCAGGCAUGACUGAGAAUUAACAAGGGGUUGAUUGAUUUCCAGGCAUAAACCGAAAAAUACAGAACAAAAAUAUUUGACAGUUUGAUCUGGUCUGCUUUGGAUAUGCUUGGUAAUAUACGAACAGGUUUGGUUUAAACUAUUAGAGAUUAAGUAUUCCACAUCGGUAGUGGAAGACAUCAUAAAAAAUAUACAAGAUAGAUAUGAGCCAAUCUACUUAUAACCAAUUGGUUUUAGGUUGGAAUCUCAUAUAUAUCAGAGCCCGAUCCAAACAGUCGAACUCGAUCCACAUAGAUUUGAUCCAAAGUUGACCAAUCAAUCCUUAUCCGAAAAUUCAAAAUUGACGCUUAAAUAGCCAUCAUCUCAAGCAUACGCAUUAGAGACUAAAUAUUCCACAUCGAUAGUUGGAAAGAAUCAUAAGCAAUAUAUAAAAUAGAUAGGCCAAUUCAUUUAUCACCAAUUGGUUUUACAUUGGAAACUCAUCUAACUUAACAUAAACACUGCUACUAUGGUAUGUUUAUUAGAUAAGAGACGCGUGAUAUUAUAAUCUUAGUUCAGUUCAAAUAUACUUCUUGUGUUACAAAUUUUAAAACCAAAAGAGCAUGUAAGAUCUAGUGAAAAUCAGAUUAAUUUUUCUUUUGUCAACAAGAUAUAAAACCUAAAAUGAUUUAGCUAACUAAACCUAAACUGGAAAUAUUAAUUUUACAUGAAUAAUAAUUAACAGCUGUAUUUGACCAUUUCAUGCCAAGUUGUCUGUUUUAUAUUUUUCACUGGAGAUAAAGGUGAUAUGCUGAAAAUUUAAACUUUUUGAUCUAUAAUCCUAAUUUCUUUAAUUUUUCUCUUAAACAUAUGCCUACAUAACCACAUCGUGGUGGCCUAGUGGUUUCCAAUAGAGGAGAAGUUGCCAUGUUGGUCCAGGCCAGGGAUCGACUCCCUUCUAUUGUGAAAUUAUUAGUUCCAUAUGUGGCCACGCGGAUAUGGGCCCAUGCUUACGGCCCAUUUGAAUACCCGGAAAAGGAUUCAUCUGUGGGUUGCACUUCCCACCCGGAAAUUAGAUAUGUGUCUUUAAUAGAGCCGAAUUUAACCCUUUACCGUUCAAAAAAAAAACAUAUGCCGACUUCAUGUCCAGAAUUAAGAUGGACCCCAGAAAAUGCUACCAAAAGCAGAACCAACAAAAUUAAAGUUGAACAACAAAUCCAUUAUUAGGUUUGUGAUCAUUAUAUGAUGAUGGGACGAGAACUUGAUCGGUAACAUUUUCCAAAAAGAUAUGAAGAAAUAAUACAAAUAGAUAAUGAUAUUGUUUGUCUAUGUAUAACACGAGUGUGGAGCAUAAACAGAAAAAAUAUUAACUAGUGGAUAUAUAUGAAACCGCAUAUUUGACUUUGAUAGUAUCAAAUGUUCGUGGCUUGUUGGUUGUUGAACUCUUUUAUUAAAUUUAUUUAAUAUCUUAGGGGUUAGAUUUUUGUGAUCCUUUCAGUUGAUGUGGUAUGGUUAGUGGUUUAUAGUUGAUGUUAUCAGAUCAGAGUAAGACGUAAUGUAAACCACCUUCUUAAAUAAAUCAUAUCUCCUCGUGAGUGUUGCCUAAAACUUAGAUCAAUAGCCAAACAAGAUAAGGUAUUUUUAAUUGGUCCAACAAUUCAAUACAGUUAUGGUGAAAAAGGUAAAAUGAAACCUGGGUGUGUUUGGUCUUGUAACAUUCGGUAUUGGUUCUGUGUUCUAUAUAAUGUAUUUUCAACA